AUGUCCGACGUUGGUCCCCCAACCGACCACAAUCAGACCUCUACCCCCGAAGAGACGCUCAAGUUACUCAACGAUCUUGACGCACUGACACAGAUUCCAGAAGGGGAGUUCACCAAGGAAAUUCCCCCACCGCUGAUAGGGGAGUUUACGAAGCCAGCGAGUAAGUCGACCCCGACGCAAGAUGGGCAGCCUGGACCUUCGUCGUUACCGGCCGGCUCAGGAAACCAGGUUGAUGACGACGACGAUGACGAGGGGGAGGAGGAGGAGGAGGAGGAGGAGGAGGAGGAGGAGGAGGAGGAGGAGGAGGAGGAGGAGGAGGAGGAGGAGGAGGAGGAGGAGGAGGAGAGUGACGACGAAUACGACGAGCGUCCUCCGCAUAGCACGAAUCCGCGCACCUUGGAAGAACGCAUCCGGCGGGAACUUGAAUACAUAUAUAACUUGCUCGAACAAGACGAGGAGGACGACGAGCAGAACAUGGCGGUGCCACGCGAACAGUGGAGAGCGGCAGACUUCGUCGAGGACGACAUGGUUUACGCAUGCAUCGACGGGCUGGUCAUAGACGCCCUACGCCACCUACAAACCUUGGAGAAGAAUAGCACGCUGAGGCUAAAUUGUGCCGACCGGCGUCGCGGCACCAUCGGCGAUACCUACACCGCCGAACAGCUCCGCCAGAUCAUGAUGAAGGUGCUGCCGACAUGGGCGGCGUCGGCGUGGAACCCGUGGGCAACCGCUCCUUCGCAGACGCUGUGGCCAUUUUUGCUCACCAAGGCGCUCAUGCUACUCUCCCACCACACUCUCCUGCGAGGCGCCAGCAUCCGCGAGAUCACGCUCCCCGACAUCUUCUUGUACCGACUGGCUAGCACCUCGUCGGUGAACCCGGAGAACCAGCCGGUCGUCAUGGUGAUCGCCGCGCGGAACUCGAAGACUUCUAAGGAUGCCCGUCUUCAGCAGAGCUACGCGGCGCGACACCAGGAAGCGGAGUUGUGCACCGUCGGCGAGACCGGCCUGUGGUUGCACUUCAUCCUCGACCAGGUCGGUCAGUUCAACGGCGUCGACUUCCUCCCGCCGCUUGACACCACCGAACGCGGGCGUUGGUACAAGAAGCACCUCUUCUUCGCCCGCAACGACAAGGAGCAAAAAGAGCUCUCCGCCGCCAGCCACGAACGUUGGACACGGCAAAUGUGGACGACCAACAAGGUGUUCUGCAAGCGGAAUGUGCACACCGCUCGUGCCGGAGGUGCGCAAGAGCUAGCCAUUGAAGGGACGCCUAGAGCCGAGAUCGCCGAGAUGGGUCACUGGGCACUCGACAAGAUGACGCGUGCUUACAUCACAGCCAUUCCCAUUUGGGUGGUGAUGAAGAAGGCCGGCUACUCAGGUUGCAAACAAGACUACUUCUUGGGUCGCAGCAGGGUCGAGCCCUCCGACAAACUCUUGGACAUCAUCGCCGAGCACAUCUUCCCCGGCGUGGAUGCUCUGCUGCGCGAUGAAAUCUCCGUCCGCUUGGACACCGAAUACCAUAACAUGUCCCUCAAGGAGACGCUAAAGUACGAGAGGGAGCGCUCUGUGGUCGAGAAGAUUGACCUUCAGGAGGAGAUCGAGAAGCGCAACGAUACCAUCGCGACGCUGACCGCCGAGAUAACCCGUCUCACCGAGGCACUCCGUGUGUCAGACGCACGGAGGAUGCCGGCGGCGCCGCCGUCGGGGAAUGAGCAAGCGCCGAGCGAGAGUGGCUUCGCGGAUUCGGCCAGUACGGGGGCCGGAGCCAAAAAACGGGAUGAGAAACCCCCGAAACCCCCACAGAUGCUCGACGAGGCUCGUUACGAGCUCAACGUGGUGCAACCUUGGCGGGAGGCAAAGACCGUGAGGGACGCUUGGUGCCUCUAG